GCGCGGAAACCACGUGGGAAGGUUACUUUGGCAGCUUGAAUAAACACAAACUGUUAUUGGUUGCCUCGUUCUUGUUCGGAAAAAGUCGGAAACAUUCGAAUUCGAAACAGACCAAUUAUUUUGCGAUACACGAGAGUAACCGAAUAGAUUCGUGUUCAUAACAUUCGGCUGACAACGUGCGAGCAACCGAGGAAGAAAACAAACGCUGAAGAUAGUUGAAGCGAGAAAUUCAGCAUCGCCAUUUUUAAAACGCGUGGUUUGAAGCUUUUUCGAUCGAUCAUCCACAAAAUGAGUAUUGCUGCUCUUUUACAAGCAGCUGAAUUUUUGGAAAGAAGAGAAAGAGAAGCAGAGCAUGGAUACGCUUCUUCAAUGCCCGUACAGACUGACAUUAUUCGCAGAAAGCCAAAAUCCAAAAAAUCUCAGGGGAACAGAUCUACUCAUAAUGAAUUGGAGAAGAACAGGCGAGCACACUUAAGAAAUUGUCUUGAAAAAUUAAAGGAGCUUGUUCCCCUUGGGCCAGAAUCGAGUCGACAUACUACCUUAGGUCUCUUGACCAAAGCCAAAGCAUUUAUUAAGACCCUAGAGGAAAAAGAUAGAAAAAACAAAGAACAAAAAGAGCUUCUUCUGGAACAACAAAGAAGAUUGAGACGACGCUUAAAUGAGCUGGGUCGCUUUAAUGUUAUAACAACGCACAAAAAAAGACAAAUUAGCGAAUGCAGCUCUGGGACUUCCUUAUGCACCAAUUCAUCUGCUUCAGAUACUGAUGAAGUUGAUAUAAUGGGUUAUAAUAGUAACCAAAGUGAUACCGAUGACCAUAGCAGUAUCCAGAGCCUGACUAGUGAUGGUGGUGUAGUCAUAAGCACCAAACGACAUCCACUGGAUGAACAAAUGACCAUCUAACACUGCCAGGUUCCUCGUCCUCCUCCGCUGAUUAGCACAAUAGACUGUGUCCAGAUAGUUUUAUUAUAAAGGAAGGUCAGUGGACCACACAUAUAUCUCAUGAUCUAUAGUUGACUGGGAAAGGUUGUUGAAAUCUUGUUAUAUUUACUGAUCAAAUAAGGCAACAAAAAUAUUAAUGAGAUAUUUAAAUUGUAUGAAUAUUUUGCCAUACGAUUGCUGUUAAUGUUCUUAAACAGGACUUAAAGUAUAUAUCUAAUAAGUAUUUCUUAAGUCUAUGUGUUAAGAUUACCAAAAGGAUGUGUAUAAAAUAUUUAAUUUAUUCUGGAGUUUUAAACUUUUUAAAAAUUCAACUAGUGUGGAAAUGUGCAUGGAAAUAUUUAAAUAAUUUAAGUCCUGUUUAAUGUACAUAAAGAUAAAUAUUUUUACCAUCUGGUCUUUUAAAUGCACUUUCUACCAAAGUAUUAAAAACAAAUGUAGGAACUUUGUCCUACAUGUCGAAUUAUUACCAACAAGAUGUGUAAUUCAUAAGGUUCAGAUUUACCCCCAUAAUCACCAACUCAAGUCGUAGAUAGAAAACGUCUUAACUGUGGGCAGUCUGCAUCACAUACCUGCUUUGCUUUCAGUAAUCACCACCUCACCAAAAACUGUUUUUUUUUCCCACACCUCAGUUUGCAAUGCUAUUUUUUUAGAAUUACUGUAAUUGAUUUGCUUCAAUCUCGUGAUAUUUUCUGAUGUGCUUUUAUAAUUUUCAGUUGGCAACAUUGUUUGUGUGAAGUUUUGUUUCUUUUCUACUGCAUUCAAUGAUGCUCCCUAACAUUUAAAAACAGGAUUUCUUUUUGUAAAUCGCGUACAAAUUGCAUAUAUUGUGGAUAAAUUUCUUGAAAAUAAUUUUACUAAAGCUUGCGCUUAUCACAACUACAAAAAAAGGUGUCUUGAUACAAAGUAAUGUACAAAUUCAAUGCACUAUAAUAAUUUUGAUGAUUUGAAUAUGUUCCAAUAUUUGUUCUAAAGAUGUUAGGAUUGUUUGAUGAUAUUCAAUGUGAGUAGUUACUAACUUAACAGCUUCGAAUUUCAGGGUGGUGGUAGCUGUUUCUCGUGCAUUACCUAAACUUGCCUGUCGCUUUGGGCGGACAUGCAUUGAUGAUUAUGGGGAGUAGUCUCAUACAUUCCUUUCAAAAAAAUUAGGUGCUUACAUAUGUUUUGUCAUGUUGAAAAAUGCUUACUGAAAAGAUAAACAUUUAAUGUUUUGAUUAACUUUUCUUUAGCAUAAAAAGUUUCAUAGCAAAAAGAAGAAAAAAAUGUGGCAAAAAAAUGCUGAUCUAGAGCCUUCCAUUGUAAUUCAGAGUUGACCCUCUGAUUGCAUAAUCCCAAGAUUUCUAUACAUUUCUGGCCAAAAUGUCAUCUAUUUUCAACGAUUUAUUUUUCUAAUAUUUGAUCAAUAUAUUACGCAUUUUUAUUACAUUUAAAUUCUUAUAAAAUGUUCAAAGUUUUUAAAAAUUUGAUUUACAAUAAACACAAUUUCUAUUUAAGAAUUAUGCAGUUAGAGGGUUAAAGACAGCUCUUUAAAAAUUUAAGCUUAGAAAAAUAAAACAUGUAAAUAUUCUGUAGGGCACCAAUUAUAAGUUACUUAUAGGUGUGUUUUACUCAAUACUAAGUAUAUACACUUAUAUAUACACUUGCUUAUUUUCAUUUCUAUGUUUUUGAAGAGCUGACACAUCAACUAUAGAAAACUAUUUGGAAAAAAACUUAUGAUUUAUUCAAAAAAGCAUAUUUAAACUUUUUAUUGUAAGUGUAGUGUAUAACAAAAAGAUUUUAUCCUACAAAUUAAAUUACUAAAAUUUUGAAGAAAAAUUUUUUUUAAAAGAAUUCUACUAAAUUGAAAAUCAUUUGAGGGAAAAUAUGUUUGCAACUUCAUAUUUAGUAGCUUCAUAAAUUUAAAAGUAAAAAUCAAAAUUUGAAGAAGGUUAUGUUUUGAGUUAUAAUAGCAUAGUGGUUAAGGUAAGGACUAGGUGGGGGCUCAGAUUGAUUGAUCUGAAAAACAUAGACAACUGAUUUAGAAUACUUGCUACCAUUAUGCCAUUGGUCACAAAAUUGUUUAGUCGUUAACCCCUUAGCCAAAACUGACUGUUGCAGAAGUACUUAACUUUUUUUUAAUUUCAUCAUAAGUUUCUUAUCUAUUAAAUUAUAUUGAACAAAAGAAACCUGAUACAUAUUUUAAGAUACUAAAACUGUAUAUUAAGAAUGAUAAGAAAUUUCUGCUUUAAAUAUUAUUUAUUGAUUUUAAUUUUUUCUUGUUAUUUUGUUUUUAUUUUUCUUUAAAGACUUUUUAAAAAACUUGUAAAGGGUGCUCUACAACAAUUAUAAAGAUAUACAUAACAUGUUACAUCAGGCAAAAAUUUAAAGAAUGUUUGUGAAAACCAAAAUAAAUAUUUAUUAUUACAGAAAGUGCAUCUUCAAUUACUAUUUGUGAAAAUAGAUUGGAGAAGAAAAGAAACUAGAGAAAUCUUCAUUAUUCCCUUAUACACCUAGCUUUGAUUGAGUUGAAAAAGUUUGGUAGAUGUCUAACAAUGAAAAAAUAUCUUUGAAAUUAGUAACUUUCUGCAAAUUUAGAAAAAAAAUUGUUUAAAAUAUUUAUAUUAUGUUUGAGCAUAUGAUAAGGUUAUUUAUAAAAAAAAUUAUGUUUUUAACUAACUCUUAUUCUUAUACUCAAGUAAACAAUCUCUUAAGUAUUUUAUUGGUCUUACUGCUCUAAAAACUUAACAAAUGUUCCAGUAAAAUGCAUAAAAAAUGUAAAAAAGGCAUUAUGUUUUUUUUUUUAGAAAAUUUUAAGAACUUGAAAGCAUACUUUAUUUUGGCAGAGAAGGCAACAUUUAUAGACUCGCACAAUCUUGCAAUAUGUGUUUGUUUUGGUUUUUCUUCCAUUCCAUGUUUUAAAAAAAAAAAAAUUGUCCAAUAUAUUUAAAAUCAAUGUUGAGUUCUGAGUAGUUGUUUUCUUAUAUCAAUAGAAACUCAAAAAAGAAAAUUAUUUUAGUUUAUUUGGCAAAACUUAAAUGAGUUCAAUUGAAAAUGUUAGGCACAAAAGAUAAAGCAUUUAAGACUCCUGUGAUAUUCUUAUUUGGAAACCAGUGUAGUAACCAUUGAUAAAGUAUAACUUACUGCUUGUAACUGAGCAUUUGUGAUAUGAUAAUCAUGUUUUAAUAUUCAGAAUUGCAAAUCAAAGAAAUAUCCUAAAUAAUAUAAUUGUGUUAUAAAUAUUUUUUUACAAAAGUAUUGACCUUACUCAUUUUAAGUGGCAUGAAAUCAGAAUGAUAGCAAUAAUUAUGCAUGAUUAAGCAUAAAAAACAUAACAUUUAUCUGCCAUAUUUGUUUUUAAAAAAACAUUCGAAUGUCACCUUAAAAGUUUUAAUCCAUUUAUUGGUCACAGUUAAAUAAUCUCUUAAUUCUACUUUUCUUUCUUGUCUCUUAAAUUCUACUUCUCAAAUUUGCGUUUGAAUGCUAUAAUUGCGUUUUGAAUAUUCUUCUUAUUCAUUAAAAAUCAUCUAGUAUUUAAUUCCUUCCUGUUCCUUUAGUUAAUACCUUUUUAAUAAAGAUUAAAGAAACAAAUUUCUUUUCCCUUUUUCAAAUAUUGCUCUAGGUACUUCAUUUUAGUCCAUAUUAAUUGCCUCCCUUUUUUUAAUAAUGUAUUUCGUGUAAUUACUCCUGAUGGAAUCUGAUAAAUAUUUUCUUUUUAAAUAUAUUUUAGCAAAUGAUAAACUACAUGGAGUUGUCUUAGCUGGUAUAAUGAACUCAAGAUAAUCUGUUGUUUUCCCAAUUUUCUUUUGUUUUGCAGUGAUAAAUAUGUAUAAAAA